AUGGCCAACAAGUACCACGGAGGCCUAGGUGGUGUCCUCUACGGGGAAUAUCCCUGGAAGUCUGAGGACGCGACUGCGACCCUCCGGCGCCUCCGACAGCAGAAGGAGGCAGACUCCGCGGGCACGUCUCACCCGCGGCACGGGCGGGAAGCCCGAGGAGGCCCCGGAGAGGCGCGCGUCCCGCGGGUCCUGCUCGGCCAGCCGCGGGAGCGCAGCGCCCGGCGCGUCCCCGCACCUCAACUCUUGAGGGUGCACUUACCAAACCCGGUUUCCAGGAACACACGCAUCGCGACAUCAAGCCCGAACUCCACAGGUACCCGCUCCAGCACGCGUAUUUCAGCCCAGUACAAAGUUUUACAGAAAGACCGCAGAGAACAAGGUUCCGGGCCCCUACUCUUGACCUUCAAGAACGACAAGAGUCAGGACCCGGCCGGAGCGGAAAAGUUCGAGCGGCUGCCGCGCCGGCUGCUCCGCGAGUUCCGGGGGCCUGGGGGACCCUCCCGGCGGGAAGGCCCGCGCGCCGCGACCGGGGUGGGGCCCGGAGAAGGGAGCCUCGCCGCGGCCCGCGACGCCCGGCCCGGCCCGCCCGCCCGCUUCCCGGCCCGCGGCCCCGGCGCCCGCCGUCCGCUUACCGGCAUCAUUGUGGACCCGAACCGCAUCGAAGCCGGGAGCGCCGAGGGGGCUCGGCGAGCGAGGCCGCCCGGAAGGCGGCGGACCUGUUGCGAGGCGGCAGCGGCACGCGGGUCCGCAGGGCCCUCCCGCAAGCGGGCGCCGCCGAGUCCUCGGCCCGCUCCGGGUCGCGGCUUUGUCUCCUCGGCUCUCGCGACGGCGCGGGCUCCCUGCCCGAUUCCAAAAACGUCUAAUCCCGACCUGGCCCAGCCACCCCCGCGAAGGCCCCGCCCCCACGCGAAGGCCCCGCCCCCACGCGCGCCGGCGGCUGGGGAAGGGCCGAGCGCCGCCGUGGGCACUUCGGCGCGGCGAGGCUGCGAACUGUCGGGAAAUGAGCCCCGGCUUCAGGACCGCGGUGGGGGCCGGCCCGACGAGCUGCGGCCUCCUGCGGGGCGUGGGCCCUCCCACGAGUGCUCACCCUACGCAGCCCACCUCUACGAUGCUGAGAACCCUCUGACGCCCCUCCGGAAGCUUCCUGGACUUUGCUCUGACUACUGCUCUGCAUUCCACUCUAACUGCCACUCUGCCAUCUCCCUGCUGACCAAAGGUCAUGGCCUCCAGGAGUCCCAUGAAAAGGAUAGUGCCCACUUCUGCCACCUCCUCAAUCUUCCUGACAAAGACUAUUGCUUCCCUAAUGUCCUGAGGAAUGACCAUCUCAACCAUGACCUGGGUGUGGUGGCCAAGGACCAUCAGGGCUGCCUGCAACUCUGCCUGACUGAGGUGGCCAACGGGCUGAGGAACCCCAUUGCCAUGGUCCAUGCUGGGGAUGGCACCCAUUGCUUCUUUGUUGCUGAGCAGGAAGCAGUGGUGUGGGUCUACCUCCCAGAUGGGAGCCGUCUGGAGCAACCGUUCUUGGACCUCAGGAGCAUCGUUCUGACCACUCCAUGGAUUGGGGAUGAGAGAGGCUACUCGGGGUUGGCUUUUCAUCCCAAAUUCCACCACAACCACAAGUUCUAUAUUUAUUAUUCAUUCCUUGGCAAGAAGAAGGUAGAAAAGAUCCGGAUUAGUGAGAUGAAGGUUUCUCGGGCUGAUCCCAACAAAGCGGACCCCAAAUCAGAGAGGGUCAUCUUGGAAAUAGAAGAACCUGCCUCAAAUCAUAAUGGUGGACAACUUCUUUUUGGCCUGGAUGGCUAUCUGUACAUAUUCACUGGCGAUGGAGGGCAGGCUGGGGACUCCUUCGGCAAGUUUGGAAAUGCUCAGAACAAAAGUUCCCUGCUGGGAAAAGUGUUAAGGACUGAUGUGAAUGGAGCAGGCUCAGAUGGCAAGCGGUACCAUAUCCCCCUGGACAAUCCCUUUGUUUCUGAGCCAGGGGCCCACCCUGCCAUCUAUGCCUAUGGGAUCAGAAACAUGUGGCGCUGUGCCGUGGACCGAGGGGACCCCAUCAUGCACCAGGGCCGAGGCCGGAUAUUCUGUGGGGAUGUGGGUCAGAACAGGUUUGAGGAAGUUGACCUUAUUGUUAAGGGCGGGAACUAUGGCGGGAGAGCAAAGGAAGGGUUUGAAUGUUAUGACAAGAAACUUUGCCUCAAUGCCUGUUUGGAUGACGUUUUGCCCAUCUAUGCCUAUGGCCGUGCAGUGGGGAAGUCGGUCACUGGAGGUUAUGUCUACCGUGGGUGUGAAUCCCCGAACCUCGAUGGCCUCUACAUCUUUGGGGACUUCAUGAGUGGUCAACUUAUGGCUUUGCAGGAAGAUAGGAAAACCAAGAAAUGGAAGAAACAGGAUGUUUGCCUAGGCAGCACCAAACUCUGUGCCUUUCCGGUAAUCAGUACUUACAGCAAAUUCAUCAUCUCCUUUGCUGAAGACGAAGCAGGUACAAAUUUGUACGGUUAUUUGAUGUCUGCUUUCUGGAACUUCAUCAUAGGCAUUGACUGA